AUGUCGAUUAAACGUCGGGAUCUUUUUAAUUUUAUACGUUUGACCAUGUAUUAUGCUAACAUGUAUUCUUUUCAUUUGGAACACCGUUUGCCUCAUAUCCUGUGUGGUCUGGGCAUUUUGUUGGAGUUAAUAUUUGAAAUAUUUCUCUAUUUUGUCACUAUUCAUAUUGUAAUAUUGUACAUGUGCACAAUUUAUUUGAAUUAUCACAAGGGAGACUUGGAAUUAUUGGUCAAUUGUUUAAUACAAACAAUUAUUUAUUGGUGGACCAUCAUUAUGAAAUUGUAUUUUCGCCGUUUGCAACCGAAGAGGCUGGAGGAUUUAAUUGAUUUUAUAAAUUUAAACUACAAAACACGUUCGGCCAUUGGAUUUACGUACGUGACUAUGGAUGGUAGUUUGGCCAUGUCGAAUAAAUGGAUUAAAACGUAUGUCUACUGUUGUUUUCUCGGCACCAUAUUUUGGCUUAUUCUGCCCAUUGCUUAUGGCGAUCGUAGUCUGCCCUUAGCCUGUUGGUAUCCAUUCGAUUAUAAGCAACCUUUCAUUUAUGAAACUUUGUAUUUUCUUCAAUCUGUUGGCCAAAUACAAGUGGCAGCUGCCUUUUCUGCCUCGAGUGGUUUUCAUAUGGUCUUGGGCAUUCUAAUAUCAGGACAAUAUGAUGUUUUAUUUUGUAGUCUAAAGAAUAUUUUAGCAACUGUUGCUAUAAAAAGGAGUGCAACAAAAAGUGAAUUGAGGGAACUUUACGAACUACAGGAAUUUACAGCACCCGAAAUCAAUGAAUUCUAUUGUUCCAAGGAAAUAACCUGUGAUAUCGAUAAUUUAGUUCUUUCGACCAAUAAUAAAAAACAACAAGAUUUCCGCCACCACUUUCGUAAUGCAUUUAAGAAAUGUGUAGACCAUCAUCGUUACAUUGUAAAGUGUUUAAAUAAAAUGGAAGCUUUCUACAGUCCAAUAUGGUUUUUCAAAACAGGAGAGGUGAUAUUCUUAAUGUGUCUGGUUGCAUUUGUAUCGGUUAAGUCGACCACUGCCAAUUCAUCUUUUAUGAAGGUGGUUUCAUUGGGUCAAUAUUUGGUGUUGGUUGCCUGGGAACUAUUGAUUAUUUGCUAUUUUGGUGAGAUAAUUUACAUUAAUAGUCAACGGUGUGGCGAGGCUCUGCUAAGAAGUCCUUGGUACCUUCAUAUGCGUGAAAUGAAAUAUGAUUUUCUUUUAUUUCUACUCAAUUCGAAAAGGCCAUUUAAGUUGACAGCAGGCAAAAUUUAUACCUUAAAUGUUGAACGUUUCAAGGGUGUUAUGACGACAGCGUUCUCAUUUUUGACAUUGUUGCAGAAAAUGGAUCAGAGAGAUGAAUAG